UAUAUAUCUCGCGAAAUAUGAAUCGAAAAACAAUUCUAACAAACCGCCAAUGCGGCCUUAAAUGUGUUCGCGGCAGCACCAAUACCGUCCUCAUUUUCAACACUGGCGUUCCGUUCUCUCCAGUUGUCGCUACACGCUGUUGAUCGCGCACAGUUCGCGAAAUUCGAAGAUUUCCGCGAGGAAAUUCGCGACAUAUCAGUCAUGGACGAUGUUCUCGAGAGCUGGGAGCAAAUAGAGGAAUCCAGUACUCUCGAUAAAAGACUGGAGGCCCUUCAGUUGGACGCAGUAGAUGAAGAAAUAGAAUCUUCUAGGUCUAGUCAUAACACAAAUACAAGAAUGAUCAUUUUGGGAGAUGAUGGUCUCAGAUCUCAGUAUGUACCUCCAAAGCCUACAGUAAAGAUAUUGAAGAGACCAUCUAGAGAUUCACGGGGAAGUGGCGAUGGGCCACUAAACGACGAAAAACCUAAACAACCUAUCAAAUCUCUAAAACAGAGAGAGCAAGAGUAUGCAGAAGCGCGGAGAAGGAUUUUAGGGGAGGAAAAGAGUCCGGAAGAAAAAAUGGCGCAGGAGGUCAACAGAAUUCAGUCGAAGUCGAGCGCUCCAAAUGGUGGCAAUUAUCCCAGCAAUGUAAUUCGCAUGCCAGCUGGCCCAGACGGUACUCGGGGCUUUAACGUGCGUAGGUAGCGCGUCUUCCAGUGGACAUUUUUCAUCCACCUUUUUCGUAUUCUCCUUAUCCACCGCCAUGGCGAAGGAGAACGGCUAUGAGGCCGAUCGAAACAGCUAUGCACUCCGAGCAGAGUGAACAGAAGAUCUACAGAAGAUCUUUAGAGCUCUGUCCCGUAGAUUAUCAUCGUACGUGGACAUAGGCAUUGAGAGAGAAUGGACUUGUAAAGCAGAGACAAAUAUAUAAGAGAGAAAAAUAAUUAUAUAUAUGUAUGUAUGUAUAUAUAUAAAGAAUUACAUUUUUUGAGCGACACAAUGGGACGGAGGCGUGGAUUCGUCACAUGCAAAUGGAAAUGUUUCAUCUCAUAAAUUUGUAAAAUAUUCAAAGUACCUAAUGGAUUGUGUAAUAAAAACACUACUUGUAUGUGUAUAUAUAUAUACAUAUAUAUACACACACAUACACACUAUACAUGUACAUGUGACAACUCUGUAUGCAAUAUAUUGAGCGUUUUGUUAUUAAAUCGAAGAUACUUUUAAA